AUGUCUGAAAAAAAAAGCGCAGUUGCUGAAAAAGCUCCUGUUAAAAAGAGUUCUGAUAAUAAACCACCAGUUAAGAACGAAAAGCAAGCAAGAGGUAGUAGAGAUAGUGCUAGAAGUAGUUCUAGCAGCGGUAGUGCCUCUUCCCUAAGCGAUGAUCAAGCUUCCUCCGUUAAUUCUUUUGACUCAUAUACCCAACAACCACAGUCUUAUGUUCCAGAGGAGAAUUCAAAGGCUAAAAAAACCAACAGUUUGAGGCUAGUUCCUACUGAGACUGUCAAAUCUUUGCAAGACAUGGGUAUUUCAAAAAACGCACCCAUACCCGAUGUCAACGCUCCAACCGCACAACUCAAUGCAAUUUUCCCUGAAGAAUAUACACUAGAAACUCCAACUGGGUUGGUCCCAGUUGCCACUUUGCACAGUAUAGGUAGAACAAAUACCUCUAUUACUAGGACCAGGACAAGACAAAUGAGCAGAAAUAGUACUGGUGAUGAUGAUGAUGUCGGCGAUGUCAGUGGCGAUGGUGACGAUAAAAAUGCUAACGAAGAACCAGAAAUCGAUCCAGAAAUUGAAUUUGUCACAUUUGUUACUGGCGAUCCCGAGAAUCCACAUAACUGGAACUUGACUUUGCGUUGGGUUUACACUAUUAUAUUGUCCACUUUGGUUAUUUGCGUUGCUUAUGGUAGUGCUUGUAUUACUGGUGGUUUGGGUACUGUUGAAAAGAAAUAUCAUGUUGGUCAAGAAGUUGCCAUUUUGACCUGUUCUUUGAUGGUUAUUGGUUUCUCUUUAGGUCCAUUGAUAUGGUCUCCUGUCAGUGAUUUAUACGGUAGACGUGUGGCUUACUUUGUGUCCAUGGGGUUGUAUGUUAUUUUCAAUAUUCCUUGUGCUAUAUCACCAACCAUUGCUGGGUUGUGUGUGUGUAGAUUUUUGUGUGGUGUCUGGAGUAGUUCUGGGUUGUGUUUAGUCGGUGGUUCUUUAGCCGAUAUGUUUCCUACAGAAACCAGAGGUAGGGCCAUUGCCUUUUUUGCCUUUGCUCCUUACUGUGGUCCAGUUUUUGGUCCGUUGGUCAAUGGUUUCAUCAGUGUUAGUACCGGUAGAAUGGAUUUGAUUUUCUGGGUUAAUAUGGCUUUUGCAGGUGGUAUGUGGAUCAUCGUUGCCUUUAUUCCAGAAACUUUUGCACCAGUUAUCUUGAAAAACAGAGCUGCUAGAUUGAGAAAAGAAACUGGUAAUCCAAAGAUCAUGACUGAGCAGGAAGCUCAGGGAAUGAGUAUCAGUGAAAUGUUGAAAACUUGUGUUGUCAGACCACUAUAUUUUGCAGUUACUGAACCAGUUUUGGAUAUGAUGUGCUUUUAUGUCUGUUUGAUUUAUUCCCUAUUGUAUGCUUUUUUCUUUGCUUACCCCGUUAUUUUCGGUGAAUUGCAUGGUUACAAGGAUAAUUUGAUUGGGUUGAUGUUUAUUCCAAUUUUGAUUGGUGCUAUUUUUGCCUUGUUUACCACUUCCUGGUGUGAAAGUCAAUAUAUUAAGGUUACAUUAAAGAGAAAACCUACUCCAGAAGAUAGAUUAUUGGGUGCUAUGAUUGGCGCUCCUUUUGCUGCCAUCGCAUUGUGGAUGUUAGGUGCCACUGCUGAGAAACAUGUCAUUUGGGUUGGUCAGGCUUCUAGUGGUUUGCCAUUUGGUUUCGGUAUGGUUUUAAUUUAUUAUUCUUUAAAUAAUUAUAUUAUUGAUUGUUACGCCGUGUAUGCUUCCAGUGCUUUGGCUACCAAGGUCUUUUUAAGAUCUGCUGGUGGUGCUGCUUUUCCAUUGUUUACCACACAAAUGUAUCAUAGGUUGAAAUUGCAUUGGGCUUCUUGGUUGCUAGCCUUUAUCUCUAGUGCCAUGAUUGUUUUGCCUUUUGCAUUUUAUAAAUAUGGUAAGACUUUGAGAGCUAAGUUGAGUAAGAAAGAUUAUUCUGCGGAUGCUAUGUGA